UAUGUUAUGUGCUUUGUGCUGUAAAUGUGUUUAGUGUUGCAAUAAAAAAAAGAAAGUUGAUCCCUGUAUCCUUAAAGCAGGCAAAAGAGAGAACAGAAAGCUUAUCAGGCUAUUGCUUGGACGGCUGCCCAGACUGAGCAAAGGUGAUAGCCAUGACCACAGGCAAAGGGGGGGUCACCAGCAGAAAAGGAGGUUUUUUGGAUGUGUUACGAAACAUAUGUGAUUCUUGUAACCUAAACCUGAAGGAGUCAGCGUGACUUGCAAUUGUCAUGUAAGUUCAUGUUUAUUAUUUUAGAAACCUAUACUGACCUUUGAAAUAAUAGUAUAUCCCUUAUUAGGUUAGAGAGAGGUGGAAUGAAGCAAGCCCCAGGCAAGGAGGAGCUCUAGAGAGUAUAAAAGGGAUUUUCUGAGCUCUGUAGUCAUUCCGUCUCCAUAGACCCGAAACAAAUGCUGUUGAGAUAGAGAACUGUGUGGGUGAGAACUGGACCCCUUCUGGCCUUGAGAAAAAGUUCAGUGCACAGUGCCACCUGUCUGAACAUGAUGUGGCUGACUCUUUUCUACAGCUGUACGGGUGUAGCAGCUCUUCUGUAUAUUCUGUACAGAUGGGUGAUCCCAACUGCUGUGCAGCAUCACGGAGGACUGGCGCUGAUUUGGCAUGUUAUCAUUGUGGAGUGGAUAAUGGACACACUGACCCAGUCCACCCGUCCUCAGCGGAUCCUGAGUGCAGUACAGAAGAACGCCACUAGAGGGGACCCUCGCAGCGUGAUCAGAGCCAUAGAUCAAUUCUGCAGCCAGAAGGAGUGGGCCAUGAAUGUGGGGAAUGAGAAAGGCUGUAUUCUUGACUCAGUGGUGUCUGAGGUAAACCCAGCCACUGUUUUGGAGCUGGGAACCUACUGUGGCUACUCCACGGUGCGCAUCGCCAGCCUGCUUCCCCCUUAUGCCAAGUUCAUCACUCUUGAAUUCAACCCAGACUUUGCUGCAGUUGCUCGUCAAGUCAUUGCGUGGGCAGGACUAGAGGACAAGGUGCAGUUAGUGGAAGGAGCAUCUAGUGACUGGAUUCCCAAAAUAAAGGAACAGUUUGGGAUUAAAACCUUUGAUUUGGUUUUCCUGGAUCACUGGAAGGAACACUACCUUUCUGACACAAAACUGAUGGAGGAGUGUGGCCUGCUCAGAAAAGGCAGUGUCCUACUAGCGGACAAUGUCAUCUGCCCUGGAGCUCCUGACUAUGUGGAGUAUGUGCGUAGCAGCCCUCGAUAUAAAAGCCACUACUUCAGGUCACACCUGGAGUACACCAAGGCAGAGGAUGGCUUGGAGAAAUCUGUCUUCUUAGAGUAGAUUUUUUUUUUUUUUUUACCAGAAAGUGUCAUGUCCUAGCAGACCUCAGACCAGACUUAAAAUCAGUGUCUCUUUUCAAGCUUGUUAACUUCAAAUUAAAAGUAAUACAUACCUGUAAAGUGAAAACCAAUACUUGAGUUGUGUGCUUUAUGGUAACACCAUAGCCUACUUGAUGCACUCUGUCUGUACUGCUACGUUAGGCUGCAGUAGUGAUGCUAUGUUCAAGCAUCUCAUUGACAGAUGAUGACCUGCAAGCUGAUCUGGAGGCUGCUUUUCCCAGCGCAUCAACUCAAACCAAUAAUAAAUCUAAACCAGCUGCAUUCUGUGGUGCACAAAUCAGUUUUCUGCUCUGCUAUUUUCCACCAUUGUGCCAGGUGUGUGUGUGUGCAUGUGAGAGAAAGAGAGAGAAAGUGUGUGUGUCAGUGAGUGAUUAAAUGCUGCUCAUCUAAUCUCUGAGUGACAGAGUUCCAUCAUACUGCAGGGGGAGGGGGUUCUUCAUUUGGAUGAGCUGUAUGAAAAAGGGGCCAAUCCACCUAGUGCUUUCUUCACUAGAGCCUGCAUGAUAAUCCCAAUCUGUGGCCAUUAGUG